CAGUCAUUAAGGCGGAAGUACUUUAUAGUCAACUUUUUUUCGUGCCUUCUUUGUCACCGGUGAAACAUAAAAGCACAUUAGUAUCAUUAAAUUUAUUAGAAAUACAAAUAAUAGAGGUAGAAAAUGUCAGAAAACCAUGUUUCGGGGAUGGAGGCGUCCGCUGUGUCUGUGCUGAAGCGAGCUGUGGAGUUGGACCAGAGCGGGCGGUUCCAGGAGUCUCUGGUCUGCUAUCAGGAGGGCAUCCAGCUGCUCAUAGAUGUCUUGAAAGCUUUCAAAGACGACUCAAAGAGAGGACACUACAGGGAGAAGAUCAAGGGCUACAUGGACAGAGCCGAGCAAAUCAAAGCUCAUGUGAACCAAAUGAAAGAAGAUGGGAAAUACCACGAGCAGAUAAAAAUAUCCGAUGAUGCCACAGGUUACAGUUAUGAAGCUCUGUUCAAGCCUUACAUCAGCAACACUCUCUCAGAGGUCUGGGUGGAGGACCCGUACAUACGGCACACACACCAACUGUACAACUUCCUACGUUUCUGUGAGAUGCUGCUAAAGUCCUGCUGCAAGGUGAAACAGAUCCAUCUCCUCACGUCGCAGGAUGAAGCUGACAGCAGCCAGCAGAGCAGCGCUCUGUCUGAGCUGAGAGACAGUCUCAGUGCUCGGGGAGUGACUCUGGACCUGCAGUACUCCUCCACCAUCCAUGACAGAGAGAUCAGGUUUGACAACGGCUGGAUUAUAAAAAUCGGAAGAGGGUUAGAUUACUUCAAGAAGCCCACGGGCAGGUUCUCUAUUGGAUACUGUGACUAUGACCUCAGGCAGUGCCAUGAGACCAGCGUAGACAUUUUCCACACAAAACACACAAAAAACCUAUAAGACUUAAGAUGUAAAAAAAAAUCUAACUCAAAAG